AGUCUCGUGAGGUACUUUUGGUCCCAGGCUCCGCGGACGAGGUACUGCGCAGGCGUGGGAGGGUCUGCGCAUGCGCAGAAGCACUCCGGGCGUGCUGCCGGCGGCGGUAGGCGGCGCGCGGGUCCGGCGGGCGGUUGGCGUGAGCGCGACCGGAGCUGAGGCAGGAAGAGCCGGCGCCAUGGUGGAGAAGGAGGAGGCUGGCGGCGGCAUCAGCGAGGAGGAGGCGGCACAGUAUGACCGGCAGAUCCGCCUGUGGGGACUGGAGGCCCAGAAACGGCUGCGGGCCUCUCGGGUGCUUCUUGUCGGCUUGAAAGGACUUGGGGCUGAAAUUGCCAAGAAUCUCAUCUUGGCAGGAGUGAAAGGACUGACCAUGCUGGAUCACGAACAGGUAACUCCAGAAGAUCCCGGAGCUCAGUUCUUGAUUCGUACUGGGUCUGUUGGCCGAAAUAGGGCUGAAGCCUCUUUGGAGCGAGCUCAGAAUCUCAACCCCAUGGUGGAUGUGAAGGUGGACACUGAGGAUAUAGAGAAGAAACCAGAGUCAUUUUUCACUCAAUUCGAUGCUGUGUGUCUGACUUGCUGCUCCAGGGAUGUCAUAGUUAAAGUUGACCAGAUCUGUCACAAAAAUAGCAUCAAGUUCUUUACAGGAGAUGUUUUUGGCUACCAUGGAUACACAUUUGCCAAUCUAGGAGAGCAUGAGUUUGUAGAGGAGAAAACUAAAGUUGCCAAAGUUAGCCAAGGAGUAGAAGAUGGGCCCGACACCAAGAGAGCAAAACUUGAUUCUUCUGAGACAACGAUGGUCAAAAAGAAGGUGGUCUUCUGCCCUGUUAAAGAAGCCCUGGAGGUGGACUGGAGCAGUGAGAAAGCAAAGGCUGCUCUGAAGCGCACGACCUCCGACUACUUUCUCCUUCAAGUGCUCUUAAAGUUCCGUACAGAUAAAGGAAGAGAUCCCAGUUCUGAUACAUAUGAGGAAGAUUCUGAGUUGUUGCUCCAGAUACGAAAUGAUGUGCUUGACUCACUGGGUAUUAGUCCUGACCUGCUUCCUGAGGACUUUGUCAGGUACUGCUUCUCCGAGAUGGCCCCAGUGUGUGCGGUGGUUGGAGGGAUUUUGGCACAGGAAAUUGUGAAGGCCCUGUCUCAGCGGGACCCUCCUCACAACAACUUCUUCUUCUUCGAUGGCAUGAAGGGGAACGGGAUUGUGGAGUGCCUUGGCCCCAAGUGAACUCAAGACUUGGCAGCCCCAGAGAUGCCAACUGCAGCAUGCCCGCCUGUAUUCUCUGUCCCCUUCCUUCAUGAAGGCAUCUCCAGGCAAGGAAAACUGAAGUCAUUGGCCCGAUACAAAACAUUUCCUGCAACGAAGGAGGUGGUGCCGACGUGCUGCUUCCCAUCACCAGCAGCUGCUUGACAAGGGGUGCAGGGUCUUUGUUCCAGCACUGUUCAGGCUGCCUGUCAUCCUGGGCCUGCCAACUCCCCUGAGUGAUGAGCACUUCCAAGCACCCCUCUGCCCUUUCUCUGUCCUUAUGCUGUCCUGGCCUCGCCAGCCCUCUGGGGCAUUGUGGGAGAUGCCUGCCAGGAAUGAGCACGCUCUGUUGCUCGGGAGCCUCUUGCCACCUUCUUGGACUUAUUCCCCACCUGAUAUCUUAUAGAGAAAAGUGUGAAUUCAGGUGGAGAGUAGGCCCAGGCCCCAUGAGGCACCAGUGGAAGCACAGCUCCAAGUUCAGACAGGUGCCCUUAGAGAGGAAAACCAUGACAGGCAAAUGCAUUUCCUCUGGAGUUUGAGACCCUGACAAACAACAGGUGGCAUCUGGUGUGCUGUUCUUGAGUUUUCGUUUAGGAUUAGUUGAGUUCCAGCUGGGUUUUGGGAGAAAGGAGAUGCUACCAAGUCUUGGAUGUUAGGGCGAGACCCUGCAAGUUGAGUAUUAGAGAGCUUGUCUUUCAAGGCAGGUUCCUGGGGCUUCAGGGCUAGGAGGGAGGAGCCUGCCCUUUUAACAGAAUCCCAGUCACAUGCGGCCCAAGUCACUCAGAGGCUGUUGCAUUUCAGGGCUGUGUUGGUCCUUUGUUUACCUCCUAAACCACACCUGUUUGUGUUUCACAUAUGUUGUGAAUUUUCUUUGGUUCUUUUUAAAGGAAUGAUAAUAAAGUUACUUGCUUUAGGA